AUGCAGAUAUGCUCCUGUCACCUAUCCCAGCCUCCACAACCACCACAACCAUGCAGGAACAUUGACAUUAUUGCCAACCUUCUGUAUGACAUGCCCUCAUUGAUUGCUUACUGCGCCAAUGAGUAUGACUUUACUGUCAAUACCAUUGAUAUUUUCACUCUCGAAUCAUCAGCGUCUAUCUCACAAUCUGCAGAUUGUCUUUCACCAUCUGUUGCCCUCAUAUCUCAUGGCUACACAGGCAACACUCCCCAUCAACCCUCAUUCGCUGUCGCUAUUCAGACCCUCGAGCUCUUCUGUCUCCUUCGGCUUCGCAAGCCCUCAUUGAGUGUAGAAGCAUUUGCUAAGGUGAUAUUUUUACGUGUGGUCGAGAAGCGAGUCAACACAGAGCUCCAAUGCGACACUCCCAACUGGCGAGUGCAGCAUGCAUGUCUCCCCUACUCCUAUGUACUGGCAAAUGAGCCCCCACUCGAGUUUGGACGUAUGUAUGUGUUUGACGGAGGCAAUUCAGCCAAGCAGAUGUUGACACCUGGUGAACACCAAGCAGGGGACUUAUGUGUAUUCCAAGACAGUGAUUAUCUUCUUCCAUGUACCUUUGUUGAUGGCUUUGCGAACAAAGUGCACCUGAGAUUGGACCCUGACAUUAUGAGACCCACCGAAGCUGAUGUUGUCGCUGAGACAGAUGAUGACCUGCUGGUGUCCGUCUCCUCUCAAGCCAUCGCUGCUGAGUGCAGCAAAAAUUGGAAGGCUGCUGCAUCUGAUGAGGAGAAGAGAAUGUGGAAUAUUUUUGAUGAAACAGGGAUUUUUGUAUGUGCUUGUCACCAUGGCUUCAUAUUAUGGUAUGCCAACAUGGUGCAAAGUGGUGAGCUUGCAAAGUACCCUCUCUCCAUCAUUGUGAAGGUUCUUGAAGUCCUUGGUGAACAUUCUCUUGGCGCAUAUGACAUCGGAUGCGGAUUUUCAUCCACCAUAGAAUCCAGCAGUCUCGGCCCACUGUUCAAGCAAAUGGACUGUUGCAUGUGUGUGGAUGUAUUUCAUGGGUUUGUGCAUAACUACAAGUGCCAGACAAGGCACCAUCCUCAUGGUAUCAAAGGUGCAGGUCUGGAAGACUUCGGCAUGGCUGAACAUAUAUUCUCAGCAUUGAAUGCACUUGCUCCAAUCAUCUGCUAUGCCAGCGCUUACAAUCGGCACGUUUCUCUCGACAUGUUUUUCAAACAGUGGGACACUAAAAAGUAUCUGAAUCUUGCCAUGAUGAUCUUCAAUAACUACCGUCAGGCUCUCGAUAUAAUCACACAUGAAACUGUUAUGUUAGCUGAGGCCAUGGCAUCACUUGGUAUUAUGGAGGGAGACUUCCCACUGUGGCAACAGGAAGAAGUUCAGUACUUCAGUACACUUGGGCAGGAGCUGGAGUACAAUGUCCAUGCCAUGCCCUCUCAAAACUCAUAUGUGGCUGAAUUGUCUCACACCUGCAAACUUGAAACUCAACAGCACUACCUUGCUGAGAAGGUUGAUACAGUGCAACGUGAAGUUCUUGUGAUGGAGGUUAAGAUGGGCAUAAGCCAACACUGGGAACCCUCUUCGCCAGAAUAUCAAGCCACUAUGAAGUAUAUGACAACACAGGAAUAUCACUGCACUCUAGACAAUCUGCAAUGGCUCAUGGUGCAACGUCUGUUUGAACUACAGCGACUCAAUGUUGCACAAACAGCAUAUAAAAUGCAGACACAAAUCUCGAAGUCCCUUCAAACACGUUGUCACGCUAUUCAAAAUGCCAUCAAGAAAUACAAUGAGGCUGCUGCGAAGUUGGAACCUCCACAACCUACACUUGAAUGGUCCAAAGUCUCUCACUACCAGUUCCUUGAUGAAUUCACUCUCCUGUGCAGCACAUGUCAAGAUAUUUCACACAAAGAAAUUCUCUGCUGCAAUGUAGAAAUCCGAAGACUCCAUUCUGCCAUCCUGGAUGAACAGUGCCACUUCAAAAAGGUUAUUGGGGAGUUGGAGGCUGCAGGAUCACCUUUGCUUGUAGUGGUGCAGGAGGCUGCUAAGAUCUGCACUCUUGUUAAUCAUCAACUUCUUGUAUGCAUCACUCAAGUCUAUUCUCUUCCUGGUUUCACUGGAAACCCCUCCCCUGGCAUCAGAGAAGGUGUGGUUGCAGAGGAGGACCCUGUGAAUGAUGACCUUGAACCUCACAACGAGAUGAAUGUACCUCACAGUGAUAAUGAAGGUGAUGCAUUGGAGGAGGAUGACCUCUGCACAGAUAUAGGAACUGUUGUAGAAUAUAUCUCAGACUUAGCUCAUACUUCAAUGUGA